UGACCUACAAAAUAUGGAAAAAUAAUUGCGACCUUGCCGCUCAGCACGCUCAAAUUCAAAUCAGGCAAACCAACAUCGACCGUCGCCGCUGCCGAUCCUGCUCCGAAAUGGCUAGUCAAGACCUUUCCUCUUCCAUAUUCUCCGACAUCGAGACCUACUCUGGCAAAGACCCUCUUCUUCCUUGGCUGCGAGGGAUUCGAAAGAUGAAGGACAAUCUGUCUCCUGCGACCCUCAACGACAAGCUGCCUGAGUUCUUACAGAAAUGUGCGCAGACUUUUGAGUCCGACCGACGCUACCGAAACGACAUGCGGUAUCUUCGGGUUUGGCUGCACUUGAUGGAUUUUGUGGAUGACCCGUUGUCGCUUUUGAAAAUCAUGGAGGUUAAUCAUAUUGGGACAAAACGUUGUCAGUUCUACCAAGCAUAUGCUCUUUACUAUGAAAAGAACAAGAGAUAUGAUGAGGCUGAGAAAAUGUACCAUCUGGGAGUGAAAAACCUUGCAGAACCUAUGGAUGACUUGCAGAAAUCAUACGAACAAUUUCUUGGUCGAAUGGAAAGAAAGAAAAACAAAAAAAUCCAGCAGGAAGGGAGAGCUUCCAGGAGGCCUCUGUCUAUAAAGAAUAUUCCACCUCAUUUCAACAAGACCGAGGGAAAAAGUGAAGCAUGUAGCACUGAGAGUGUUCAUAAAGGACCUCAAAUUGCUACUUCUGUGGGUAAAAGCCUUGCUAAUGAAAGGCUUGUAGAGAAGGGCGAGGGCAAGAGGUUGUGUGAUGAACCCACAGUUGUUGGCAAGUUUGUUGGCACUGCCCUUGUCGGAAGGUCUGAAGCCGAAAACGCCUGCCAUAAUGGACUGUUGGAUCCUACAAUAAAUAUGAAGGAAGCAAUGAAUGCCAUUAAUAGUAUGUUCCGCGAGCCACUAGAGGAUGUUCCCAUGCCCAAGAAAUCACACAAAAACUGGUCGAAAGAAGAUCACCUUGCACAGAAGGGAUUAGAGUUUUUUAUUGAUGAAAACUUGGAUAAUGGAAUCAAAUCAUCAGCUUCUUCAUCUCUGCAGGACGGUACUGAAACAGGCCAAUCUCAUCAAAAACCACUUCAAAUAUACAUUGAUGAUGAAGAACGCAGUGAAACUAGUGACAUAAACGAUGAACAGAGUGAUGUCCAGAACCUCUCAGAAGAUUUUACUUCCUCUGCUUCUCAAUUGAAUGCAUUUGUUUUUCUUCGUCCCAAGGAUAUUCCUUCUGAAAAAUCUGGUGAUAUGGAUGCACGAAGUUCCCGUAAGUCGAAGUUCAGAGAGGAUACAGUCGUUUGCCGAUUUGUUGGCUCCGCCAUUUCGGAUGAGCCAGUGGUAGAAAAUGUUUGUCACCAUGGUUUGGUAGACCCCACAAUCAACAUGAAGGAAGCUAUGGAUGACAUUAAUAACAUGUUUGGGAAGCCAAUGGAUUUUGUGAGGCGAAAAAGAUCAAUGAAGCAGGAAAAGGCACCCGAGAGCAAUAGCAGAAAAGAGUUCGGUGGGUUUUCAAUUCUUGCUGAUGAUGACUUGGAACAUCAAAAAGAGCCACCACCUCCAAAAUUUGCGGGGAAGUCAGAAUCUGAUUUAUUUGAGCCAACUCUCCUCACAAAGGAGGCAAUAAACGACAUAAACAAGAUGUUCAAUAUGCCGUUGAAUUUUUAAGAACAAAUUGAUUGCUGAUACUGUAGCAUGUAUCAAAAACUGUUAAAAAAUUAUUGAAUGCAAGCAGAAUUGCCUUUGAUUUGCCUGAGGUAAUCAAAUGUGAGUUAUCUUUUCUGUGU